AUGCACAUUUUAAAUUUUUCGUCUUCUCGGAGAGGAAUCAACACUUGCGCCUUCAUCAACCUGGACGAGCAGAAGUCGCGGCGCAUCGAGGCGGUGCGCGGGCAAAUUCUCAGUAAGCUUCGUAUCCAGAGCCCGCCGGACGACGACGACGAGGCGACGGUGGCGGCUAGCGGCGUUGUGCCCGCGGAGAUCAUGCUGCUGUACAACAGCACUCGGGAGUUGCUGAAGGAGAGAGCGAGGCAGGCGGAUUCCACGUGCGAAAGAGAGAGCAGCGAGGAGGACUACUAUGCCAAAGAAGUGCAGAGGAUUGACAUGCUGCCUCUGCGCACGCAAACUAAUUCGGUGCAGACACUGCCGCUCGACCCUCAUUAUCGGAGCGUCCUGUUCGACGUGAGCAGUGUGGACCUGACCAACAACACGCUGGUCAAGGCUGAAUUCAGGAUUUUCCGAGCCCCCAACCCUCUGGCGAAAGCCUCCGAGCAGAGGGUGGAGAUAUAUCAGCUGCUCAAGCCGGACGAGGAGAGCACGUCCACCCAGCGCUACAUCGACUCCCGCACCGUUCAGCCCCGAGCGAGGGGAUCCUGGAUCUCCGUGGACGUCACAGAGACAGUCAAGGACUGGGUUUCUGAACCAGGUCGCAAUCUGGGCUUGAAGCUGGGCGUCCAUUGUCCCUGCUGCACUUUCGUCCCGUCCACCAACAACAUCGUUCCCAAUAAGAGCGAAGAACUGGAGGCUCUCUUUGCAGGCGUGGACGACGAGCAGCUGCGACAGCUUAAGAAGCAGAGUCAGGUGAAAGGUCAGGCAGAUUUCAGCAGCAAGACGCCUCACCUCAUCCUCACCCUGCUGCCCAGCGACCGCAUGGACAACCCGGCCAAGAGGAACCGCAAGAAGAGGGCGGCGGCGGCCACCGACGCGGCCACCUGCUCGCGCGGUUCCGAGUCAGGUUGCUGUCUGCGCUCGCUCUACAUCGACUUCCGGCGAGACCUCAACUGGAAGUGGAUCCACGAGCCCAAAGGUUACAAGGCCAACUUCUGCGCCGGCAAUUGUCCUUACCUUUGGAGCGCCAACAACCACUACAACAUGAUCCUUCCCCUGUACAACAAACUCAACCCCGAAGCGUCGGCGUCACCCUGCUGCGUCCCGCAAGACCUGGAGCCCCUCACCAUCAUGUAUUUCAUCGGACGCAGCCCACGUGUGGAGCAGCUCUCCAACAUGGUAGUCAAGUCCUGCAAGUGUCGCUAG